AUGUAUCUUCAAGCCAAUUUUCUGUCCUUAUUUCUCCUGACUCUCAGUGAUCUUCUGCCAGUGGCAUGGGUAAAGUUUUUCAUUUUAUUCAUUUCAAACUCCGGUAAAAAAAAACGCAGUCGUUCGCUGACUGUCUCGCUGAACAUGUCCAUGACCCGAACCCUGGUCCCAGAUCCGCCAAAUGGAACCGAGACCAAGCUCAGCCAGGAAAUGCUGAGGAGUUGCAUGCGGAAAACCGAGAUCUCGAUGUCCCAGCUGAAGCUCUUCCACAUGAGCCUGAUGAACACGGACUACAACAGCGAGAAUGACGUGGCUCCACCGCCGGUUCAAUCCAUUGGCGAUGUGAACAACUUGGGCGAUCUGGACUCACAGAUGUCAUUCCUCGACCUGAAGCACAAUGAGCCGCUGCAGUGCUUUGUGAGCUGUCUUUACGAGACUCUGGACCUGGACAGGUACAAUGUCCUUUUGGAGGAGGCUUUCAAGAACCAGGUGCAGACGAUCAUCCAGCACGAGAAGGCCGAGAUCAAGGAGUGCAGUGACCUGCAGGGGAAAACCCGCUGCGAGGCGGCCUACAAGUUGCAUCUGUGCUACAAUCACCUAAAAACUUUGGAAGCGGAGCAGCGAAUCCGUGAGAUCCUUGAGAAAACCGAGGCGGAUGGCGAAGGAUUUGGACCGGAUGGCAAUGACUUCAUCGAUGGAAUUCAGCACUCCGGCGAAGCGGUGACCACCAAGGCGGAGUAA